AGAUACCUUUCCUCACCGCUUUUCUAUUUCUCUCUCUAAAUCUGUUAGCUAUUUUUUCUGCGAAUUUGUUGGAUCGCCUUGCGAAGAAGAAGAAGCCAUGAAUAAUCGGCAUGAUCCGAAUCCUUUUGAAGAAGAUACAGGAGUCAAUCCUUUUGCGAAUGGAAAUGCUGCUGCUGGAUCAAAAUCACGCCUUCCUCAAAUGGUUGCUCAGACUUUUGGUUUUGGCCAGAAACAUGAUGCAACAGUUGAUAUACCUUUGGAUAACAUGAAUGAUUCAAGGAAAAAGCAGAAUGAACUUGCAGCCUGGGAAGCAGAUCUAAGAAGGAAGGAACAGGACAUCAAACGUAGGGAAGAUGCUGUUACUCGAGCUGGCGUGCCUACUGAUGAUAGAAACUGGCCUCCAUUUUUUCCAAUCAUUCAUCACGAUAUCUCCAGUGAAAUACCUGUUCAUGCUCAGAAGUUGCAGUACCUGGCAUUUGCAAGUUGGUUAGGUAUAGUUUUUUGCCUAGUGUUCAAUGUGAUUGCGGUGAUUGUCUGUUGGGUUAAAGGCGGUGGUGUGAAAAUAUUUUUCCUUGCAACAAUAUAUGGUUUGCUUGGAUGCCCUCUUUCAUAUGUCCUUUGGUACCGGCCACUUUAUCGUGCGAUGAGGACUGAUAGUGCCUUGAAGUUUGGUUGGUUUUUCUUGUUCUACAUGCUUCAUAUAGCAUUCUGCACAUUUGCUGCUAUUGCUCCUCCUGUUGUCUUCCAUGGGAAGUCUUUAACGGGUAUUCUUGCAGCAAUUGAUGUCUUCGGUGACAGUGUUUUGGUUGGGGUAUUUUAUUUAAUUGGAUUUGCUUUCUUUUGCUUGGAAACGCUAUUGAGUUUGUGGGUUCUUCAGGUUUGUAAGAAGAGUUGUUAAUUAUCCUGCUUUGUUUGAGAUUUGUUUUUUAUUUAUACUUAAAAAGGUCUUGUUGUUUUAUGAUAUUUACAGAAAAUUUACACAUUCUUCCGAGGUAACAAGUGAGUGAAUGCGCAUGCACUGCUGCACGGUUGUUGUUGAGGUUUUUUCAGUAUAUUUGGUAUGACUCUUCUUUCUUCCUCCAUAUUUUCCUCAUAUCUAGCAGUUAAAAACUGAAUUGAGAAUUAUGUUCACUGUUGUUUGCAUUUGGUAUGUAUAUUUCAGAUGAUUAUUAACACACCAAACCAUUAUCUCAUUUUUAGUACAUUUCUUCUCACUUGUAGCAUUAUAUAUCAUUCUUCACAUUGUGUGUUUAUUUUUGGAAAAAGUUCUCAACUUUCAAAU